AUGUGUGCAAGUGAUUUUUGUAAUCGCCACGAAGAUGAUGAAGAUGACUACUGGGAAGUUGAUAAUUACCGCUCGCGGCGCACCGACGCCAUCAGCCGACGCGUCUACUCCGCCCUCAUCAUGAAACUCAUUGACAUCGCUAAGGACCUGCCACGAAACUCAAGCGCAACAAGUCGCAUCGACACGGCGCAUCGGUACUACAUGUCUGUCGAGAGCACCGACAUGCACGACCAGAUGGCAGACGUGCAGGUCUUCCACGCGUGCGCCAGGCUUUAUGAUAUUAUGUACACUACUCCUAGAAUCAUGUCCGAGUUGGGAAACAUGGACGACUUGACACCUCGCAUCUUAGUCAAGAAACUCAAGGACUUGGAAAUAAAACCGGUGCAUCUCGGAGUCGCACUAUUAAUUCAAUUUCAUCUCCGGAACACAAUAAACUUUGCAAUUCGUUCUAAAACAUUAGAAGUGUUGUCUACGAAGCCUCAGAUGGUCGGCCCUCAAGUUAUCGACAUGCUAAAGUCGCUGGCAUCCAGACUUCUGCCUAUUGCUGAGCUGUUAGAUAUCCACCUAGCUCAUUCAAGCCCUGCUUUUAAAGACACUUGUCCUUCUACUUGGCUUGGUAUUGUCAAUAAUAAACAACCUUGAACAUG